AUGGCCGCUUUCAGUACCGGCAAAAUACACCUUUCCCAAUUUCUAUGACCACUGAAAGGAGAUUCAUUCGUCUCUCUGUUGUGCGAUAUUAUAUAUAAAAUCUAAAUAUUUUUUUCAAUAUGAGCAGCUCCACUUUUAUUCUCGAUAACGGCGCUUACACGGCGAAAGCUGGUCUAUCCGGGGAAGCACCGAAACUAGUGCCGAAUUGCAUAAUGAAAGCGAAGAGCGAGCGCCGCAGACCCUUCGUGGGGAACCAAAUCGAGGAGUGUCGGGACGCUUCCGGGCUGUUCUACAUCUUACCCUUCCAAAAAGGUUACCUGGUGAAUUGGGAUAUUCAGAAAACUGUGUGGGACUACAUACUGUCGAAGGAAUCCUGUUCGGUGAACUUGAGCCAGCUGUCUGUGAUAGUGACGGAACCGGUGUUUAACUUUACGAAUAUUCAAGAAGCCAUGACGGAAAUCUUCUUCGAGGAGUACGAGUGCCACAGUCUCCUGAGGAUCAACACAGCGGGUCUCUCCUGUUACAAUUACAGAGCUGAGAAUCCCGCAACGAAAUGCUGCCUCGUAGUCGACAGUGGUUACAGUUUCACGCACAUAAUACCUUACGUCAACGACACGAAGAUGAAGGAAGGGAUACGAAGGAUAGACGUGGGCGGCAAGCUUCUGACGAAUCACCUGAAAGAGAUAAUAUCCUACCGGCAGUUACACGUUAUGGACGAGACCUACGUGAUCAACCAGGUGAAGGAGGAUUCCUGCUUCGUCUCGCAGGACUUCUUCAAGGACAUGGAGCGCGCCAAGUACAAGUUGGAGAGCAACAGCAUCACUAAAGACUACGUGUUGCCGGAUUACACGAGCCUGCGACGCGGAUACCUCAAGAACCCGGAGCCGCCUAACGAGCAACAGACGUUGCGCUUGACCAACGAGAGAUUCGCGAUACCGGAGAUAUUGUUCCAUCCGUCGGACAUCGGCAUCCGGCAGAUGGGGAUCCCCGAAGCCAUCAUGGACUCUAUAAAGGCCUGCAGCGAAGAGAUGUGGCCCCACUUGCUGUCGAACAUUCUUCUCACCGGUGGCAACGCCAAGUUCCCGGGUUACAGAGACAGAGUCUACAAGGAAGUCAGGAGUUUAGCUCCGGCGGAAUACGCGAUAAAUGUCUAUCUACCGCAAAAUCCGAUCACUUACGCGUGGCACGGCGGGAAGAAGCUGUCGCAAGACGCGACUUUCUCCAGUCUUGUGGUGACGAGGGAGGAAUACGACGAGGAGGGAUCGUCCUUGUGUUUUGAAAAGUUUGACAUUUAGUUGUCUCUUUUUUGUUUACAUAACAUUCGUUAACGAAACAGAGAAAAUGACGGGGAGAAUGUGUUGUAAAUCAAGUGUGAUUCACGCUCAAUACAGUUGGGUACAGAUUCAA